AUGUCAUCCCCAAGUAAUCAUUCAGAGGAUUUAAAGAAUGACGUUCAGUUGGGACGUCAUGAAGACAUAAUGAAGGAAUUUAGGCAAUUAAAAUUAUUAUUUCAAGAUUUCAUCCUUCAAACCACUACUCCUAUCCGCACGGAGUGUAAAUGUAAAUGCAGUUGCCCCGAGCUUAAUGACAUAAGAAAUGUAAUUAAAGAAGAAUUGCGUGCUUUGCGAUGUGCUGUGUAUAGUGAUGAGACACCCACAGAGCUCGUCACGCCGUACUCUGCUGCCUUUAAUUCUAAUACAAACAACACUGCAGCAAAAAAAUCUGUUGGAUGUAUAAAAAAUGUCUCCUCGCACUCAUCGUCGUCCUUUGCUUCGUCAAGUGAGAAUACAACUACAAAAACGGGCAACCAGAAACAACAAUCACGAGUAAAUAAGCCGAUAAAAACAGCUGUGAGCGUUUCAUUGAAUAAUACUCGCGGCGAAGAUGCAUUGAACGAGGUACCGUCGGCGCAGGAACCGGUUUUAUCUAGUGUGAGCAGUGCGGCCACGAAAACUGGUCGGACGUCUGCCGUGUUAUCUGAAUCGCCUUUUGUACUAGGAAAUGGAAGUCAAAUUAAUGGCAUUGGAAGAAAGGAAGCGGUUGGUAGUCCUGCAAAACCUAAAAAGUUAAAGCAGAGACAGAAACAGUUCAGCUCAGUUCAAAUAGGACUGCAGUAG